UCACUCCGCUGUCAGUCGGGCUGGAUUCAGCCAAUGGGCUCUAUGGAUGGGCCUCGAUCGUCUAUCCGCUGUAGUUCGGUCACUCAGCUCGAUUCACACCGAAAGCUACGGGAGGCUAUGUUGAUUCUGGUGAUUUCCCAUCCUCAUCGAGUUCGGUAAAACGACAUCCUCGGAGCCGGGUUCGGGAAAGGAAAGGGGACCAGGUAUCCAGCUCGGAGAGUGGCCACCUUGCACGGUGCGAAAACUGGGUAUUUGCGCUGGGGAGAGGCGGGGGGCCUCGUUCGGCGGGGGCUGCACGGAGGGACAGGCAGGGACAGACGAACCGACCGAGUCGGGCUGGACUCGGCCCGGCACGCUGCGGUUCCAGCCAAGCACCAGACCACAGCCCAAGACAGAAAGACGAGACACGGACGUCGCUGUCUCCAUUACGGACUAUAACUUAAUUUAUUAUUUUUAUAACGGUUCUAUACUGUAGAGAACAGAUGAGCUCUCUACCAGUCUAGACUGCAGCUGUCAAGCUAUUUCAGUCCGGACCGACUGGUUUUGGAAGAACGGACAGAACGACUGCUGGACUCAGCUUAGACCGGGUCCUGGAGAGUCCAGGGCGUGUAGUGGAGCUCGGAUCGCCUGCUGACGGCCUGCCAUCAUGGGCAACGUGCCCACGGCCAAGAAGGGAAGCGAGAUGGAGAGUGUGAAGGAGUUCCUCGCUAAAGCCAAAGAGGACUUUCUCAAGAAGUGGGAGAACCCUGCACAGAACACAGCGAGUCUCGAUCAGUUUGAGCGGUUGAAAACUCUGGGUACGGGUUCGUUUGGCCGCGUCAUGCUGGUCAAGCACAAAGAGACUGGGCAACACUUCGCCAUGAAGAUCCUCAACAAGCAAAAGGUGGUAAAGCUGAAACAGAUAGAACACACUCUGAAUGAGAAGCGUAUUCUUACGGCUGUCAGCUUCCCUUUCCUGGUGCAAGUAGAGUACUCCUUCAAGGACAACACUAACCUGUACAUGGUGAUGGAGUAUGUACCUGGUGGAGAGAUGUUCUCCCAUCUACGACGAAUCGGCAGGUUCAGUGAGCCUCAUGCUCGGUUCUACGCGGCUCAGAUCGUCUUGACCUUUGAGUACCUGCACGCUCUGGACCUCAUCUACCGAGACCUAAAACCUGAGAACCUGCUCAUAGACCAGCAGGGCUACAUACAGGUGACAGAUUUUGGUUUUGCUAAGCGUGUGAAGGGUCGAACCUGGACGCUGUGUGGAACCCCAGAGUACCUGGCCCCAGAGAUCAUCCUCAGCAAGGGAUAUAACAAGGCCGUAGACUGGUGGGCGUUGGGUGUGUUGGUCUAUGAGAUGGCAGCUGGUUAUCCUCCCUUCUUUGCUGACCAGCCCAUACAAAUCUAUGAAAAGAUCGUCUCUGGGAAGGUGCGUUUCCCCUCCCACUUCAGCUCUGACCUGAAGGAUCUAUUGAGGAAUCUACUACAGGUGGACCUGACCAAGCGCUAUGGCAACCUGAAGAACGGCGUCAACGACAUCAAGGGACACAAGUGGUUCGCCACCACCGAUUGGAUCGCCGUAUACCAGAGAAAGGUGGAGGCCCCCUUCGUCCCUAAGUUCAAAGGCCCAGGUGACACCAGCAACUUUGAUGAGUACGAAGAGGAGGAGAUCAGAGUCUCCAUCAGUGAAAAAUGUGCCAAGGAGUUUGCUGAGUUCUAGACCCAACCAGAGAGAGAGGGAUUGGAAGGAGGAAGAGAGAGAGGGAAGGAGAGAGAGAGGGGAGGAAGGAAGGAGAGAGGGAAGGAGGGAGGCUAAGGAGAGAGAUAGGAAAGGUAAACUGGAGUACUGUCUCCUGUUGAAUCACAAGCACCAGCUACGAGAGGGAGAGAAGAAGAGAGGGAACGAGGGGAGAGGGAGAGAAGUCUCUGUAACAACUGUCUCCUAAGUACUAUAAUGGGACAGGGACCUGUCUCUGUAACAACUAGGCAAGCAUAUUGCUGCACGCAUACUGGUGUGCGUUCCAAAUGGCCCCCUAUUCCCUAUAUAGUGCACUACUUUUUACUAAACCCCUUUGGGUGCUCUGGUCUAAAGUAGUGCACUAUAUAGGGAAUAGGGUGCCAUUUGGGACGAACCCACAAUACUCUGCCCUCACCUCCCCCCUGGUGUGUGUCCCCUCACCCCCCUGGUGGACCAAGCUCGGGGAAGCUACAGAAGGUCUUGAUGUUAUUGUUUCCAGUCUGGUGUUUUCUUCCUGUCUUUGUGUUAAUACAGACACUCAACUGUACACUUCGGUCUUCACACUAGGUCAGUUCAGAGUAAUAAUAAUAUGCCACUUAGCAGAUGCUUUUAUCCAAAGCAACUUACGGUCAGGCGUUCUGUUGUCUGGGUGUCCCCAGCAGAAAUUGAACCUCUGGUCAAAUGAUGCUCUACCAACUGAGCCUCAUGGGACCAGUUCAUGUUCUGCCUUCUUAAUGACCUGCAGUCCUUUGCUUGUUUUCAAAACCGGCCUAGAAGUAUACUCAUUCUCAUGUUACAGACAUCAGAACUAUUUGAUGUCUUGUAUUACGCAUAACAAUUAGAAAGGUGUAAUAACAUUCUCUAACUCAGUUGUCCAGGAUUGAAAAGACCAUCUUAUUAUUAUUAUUAUUAUUAUUAUUAUUAUUAUUACAUUGUCUUAACACUCUUCUCCUUCGAAUACAAUUCCAUAUUCUCUUCUACUCUUUAAUGUUGUGUACCUUUGCCUGAUAUCAUAAGCAACGUCCCAAAUGGCACCCUAUUCCCUAUCUAGUGCACUACUUUUGACCAGGGACCAUAGGGCUCUCUGGUCAAAAGUAGUGCACUAAGUAGGGAAUGGUGUGCCAUUUGGGACGUAACCGUGGACAGCUGUUUAUUCCCUCCAUCACGUCUCCUCAAUGUAUUUAUAGGUCAUCCUCCUCUCAGCGUGGACAGGCACAAUGCUGGUGUAUACAUACUAUAUACAUACUGUUGCACUUUCUAGGGAAAUAAACAAGGCCUAUAGUCUUUAUAACGUAUGACUGGGGUUUGCGCAAUUCUAACUUCCCUGGUUUACCAGCAAUCCUGGUUGGAAGAUUCCUGGAAAUUUGAGGGAAUAAGCAGGAGAUCUGGGACACCUUCAACCAGGAUAUCUGAAAAAAACAGGGAAUUUGGGGAAAGUUACGGACUUUAGCAACCCCUAUAUGACCCUCAGCACUGCAAAGGGAUGUGUUUAAAGACACCAUCUAAUACGACCACAUGGAAAAACAACACAAUAAAAACACAAAGUGUCAUAUUUUGCAACUUGAGUAUCAGUCCAAUAAAGUUUUACUUGUUAAAAUGA